UGUGGAUGAAGCUGAUAUUUUUAUUUUACUUUCAUCCAGGUCUUUGUCCCCUCGAUUAAAGCUGAUAUUACUUUUCAUGAAUAUCAUCUCAUCUUAGGUAUUCAUAUAUAAAUCUAUCAAAUUCAUACAACUAUCUACAAGAAAGUGCGUCUUUCCUGGCGCAUUUUUUACAAGCGGCCAUCUAUAAUUGCCGGUGAUAAUGAGAAUCACCGGCAGCCAUCCAAAAAUGCCCCUGAUUUUGGUAUGUGGCUGCCGGUAAAUGUUAGUUAUUACAAUUUUUUUAAAAAAAAAGCGUCAAAAGGGUUUUUCAUUUCCCUCUAUCUGCUCCUCUUUUCUCGCUCCUCUCAUCUCGUGAGCUUCUCCCAUCUUGGAUUUGGAACUUUCAAUCUCCCAUCUUACCUCCAAAUCUCAUUCUCUCUUUUAUUUCUCUUCCUUUCUUCUCAUUCUCAGGUUCUUCGAUCAGAUCUAGAGCUACAGAUCAAGUAGGCCCGGCAACUUGCAGACGUGGUCAUCAACGGUGAGCAAUUAAGGACCCUAAUCAACGGCCAGUGGUUAAAGUCCAAGAAAAUUGAUGGCCAGCAUCUGAUCCGAAGAUCAUUCCAACGGAUCGAGGAUUACGCUUGUAGAUUGAGGCCUCCUAGCUCGUUCUCUUCGAAGCAGUCCUUUCAUUGAUCUCUCUCCAACAGUGCUAAAGAGAAUAGAAGAAAUCAGAGGAGGCACUCGAAGGUACUCUCUCUUUCUCUCUAUUUUCCUCUUUUGAUGGCCAAAAAUUGGGCGGCAGCCAUGUCCGCCACUAUCCAUGGCCCCCUACAUGUUUGAAGAAAUGCUUCAACCAAUAUUCUCGAUUAUGUCACAUACUCUUUCAGAAUAUGGAUUAAUUCCACAGAUCUCCAACACAUGUUGGCAUCUACCUAGAUUCUAGCACGUCCCACACCUUCACAUCAAGGGCCUUCAUUGAAUCACAGCCCUUUUUGAGUUAGGUGGCCAACACCUGCAUACAUUUUUUUUAAAGGAACAGAAGUAGUGUUUGCCUUAGUUUUAUGACUGGGACGAGUCUGAACUAGACUUGUCCGAGUUGACUCAGAUUAGGUAGUACCCUCUGGUUCAACACCAUGAGUCAUCCUGUGGUAACACUCGACUCGGAUGAAUCUAGACCCAACUCAGGGCUGAAUGAGUCCAUCUGAGUCGUUGAGUCUUUUUAUCCUCGUGUUUGAGGAUACUGGUUUUUACAACUAUGAGAGGUGGGUCCAUAGUUACAGACACCCAUUACUAUGUUGCCUCUUACUAUGGAUGAUACUCUCCCAAAAUCUCCCCAAUAGGACCACUGUAACCUUCUGAUUGUGACCUACACAUAGACAGUUAAUGAGUGGAAUACAGCACCAGUCCACAUUGAACUUAAAAAAGAAAAAGAAAAAAAAGAGAGUCAUAUGAUUAACACUCUAGAACUUCCCAUCUUAAAGUGUUAUAGGUGAUCAUUUUUUUCUAGAAGAGCCAUUGAAAGAAGUCAAUGCCACCACCAUGAAGUUAGUUGCACACAUUUCGCCAACCCCAAAAUGGGCAGGCCUUAAAAUUCAUAGAUUUUCUAUGCAGAUUCACUCCUCAAAAUACAACUCAUGAACAUACAGAAUUGUCUGGGUGGGCAGCAUCCACCACAGUGAUAAUAGUUGUCAUGUCCCUUGAUUGGAUUGUGGUUGCAUUCAUGCACUAACAUCAUAGUUGCAUUCUGUAAUGUAGUAGUUAUUUGCUUCCACAAUACACACACACACACACACACACACACACACACACACAUAGAGGUUUUGGUUCUUGGGCAUUUGUAUACGACAUGUUGGGCUAGGCUCAAUAUAAAUGGAUUGAAAUAAGCUUAUCUUCAGCUUGUCCAACAAGGUGUUGGAUGGUCCGUGGUUGUGGAUUAAUUUUCUGGUGUAGAUUGUGUGGGACUGUCAACCAUUCCUCAUUGUGAUUGGUACUGUUCAUAUUGCAAUUCAUAGUGUUUGGGUAACAUAGGCUGUGGCAAUUCGUGUGUGGUUUUUGUAUUCUUCGCUUACCAUUUUUGGUUCUGAUCCUAAAUUCAGCAAUGAUCUGCUUCUCAGUUACUCUUUCCUUUUGAUUUUAGUAUAUGUUUACAUUUGUCCAAUGUUUUGCAUUCAGAUGCCAUGAUCAAGUAUUCUUUCUAUUCACUUCAUGCUCAACUUUUGUUGACUUUUCCAUGUACUCAUCCUGUGAGCUAUGCAUGUAUGUUGAAUUUGGAUUGUGAGUCAUUUCUUUUUUAAGAUGCACAUUUCUUUUUGUACAGAUGUUUCACACGUGAAAAUGUAAGUGCUGAGAUGAAGUUACAAUGCUUCUCUCUCACUAUUCUGGACAGCUUAGGUGGAAUGGGUAAGAUAGGAAUGCAGCAAAUGGGUUUGCAAGCACGCCUUACGAGCCAAGCAGUGCAUAAGAUGUCAGGCAAUGCCUCAAAAGCUGGUUUUACUCUCAUUUUCUUGAAUCAAAUUAGAUAUAAGGUGAUGAUAAAAAAUCUGGAGCAGGUGGUGACGAUGGUUUUGAACCAAUUCUCAGAUCCCCACCCUCGUGUGCGCUGGGCCGCUAUUAAUGCGAAUGGGCAAUUGUCUACAGAUUUGGGGCUAGACCUUCAAGUUCAGUAUCAUCAAUGGGUGCUGCAUGCAUUAGCCUCAAUAUGCAGCGAGGAAUACAAUAGGCCCACGUGCAUGUUGUUAGGUGUUCAAGCAGAGUUAUCAGUGAUUGUUUUAGACAUGACUAUGAUUUUGGGCAUUGCACAUGGGCUCCUUCUUUUUGGACUGGAUCUGUUCAUAUGUGUCUUUUUGUCUCCAAUUGAUGCUGUGCUAUUUCCACUAUUUAUCACCCUCUUGAUGAGAUUGACUCUUCUAUCUAGCACUGAUGCCAAUUAG